GUGUUACCCCCUCCCCCACCGCCGUGCUCCGUUUCACUCAAAGAUGGCGUCGGCUCCAGAGCCUCUGGUCUCUGGCUGCGUUAUAAGGCUUGUUGUUGUCUCCGUUCUGCGCGGUUCCGGCACCUUUUCCCCGGCGGAUCGACACGGAAUUCCGGGUGCAUCUGCUGCAGAAGCGCAAUAGGCAUGACGGUGAUCAGCCCUGGGUACUCCGUCCUGGUGUUGAGAAGCCCAGACUGCUGGAGUUGAAGAACACGGUGAAAGGGAAGAAUAUUUUGAAGAACUCAAAUUGAUCCCACAGACGUUUAUUACUGAACUAUAAAACGCAUGUCUUGGAGAACAUGGUCAUUGUUUUGCAGCUCACAUUGAGAAUUUUGUUUACUUACCAGUGACUGUUAACAGACUGGUUUAUCGUUAAUACAUCCCUUUUAAAAUUAAUACCUGUUAUAUUUUUACCAUUAACACUUAACAUUCAGUUACACUAGUCACAUUCCUGUGACUGCAGUGGGUGGACCAAUUUUAUUUGAAUGGCGAAUUAGGUUUUUGGGGGUUGGGCUAUGGUCAGCUGCACACUACCGUGUUGUUCAUAUUCUGCUUCUGUGGGAGUAUCUGUGCGGCCACAAGACAAGGGAUAGUAAGUGGAGGAGAAGCAAGAAGAACUAGAAAGAAGAGGAGGGGCGGCGGCGCUUCGGCGCAGGCCAGUUGUCUUUCUUUGGCCUGUAGUUGACCUUUUUUUUGGGGGGGUUUGGUGAGAGCGGUAAGGCCCGAGGGCCACCGUGGCCUGACAGACUGCAGCCAUGGUGAAAUUGGCCAACCCCAUGUACACCCAGUGGAUUCUAGAGGCCAUCAAGAAGGUGAAAAAGCAGAAGCAGCGACCAUCUGAGGAACGUAUUUGCAAUGCCGUCUCCAUGUCCCAUGGACUCGACCGCAGAACAAUACUGGAACAAUUAGAGCUCAGCGUCAAAGAUGGAACCAUCCUUAAAGUCACCAACAAAGGUCUCAACUCUUACAAGGAUCCUGAUAACCCUGGGCGCUUGGUUCCUCCCAAGCUAAAAGGCAGCAGCUCUGUCGGUGGAGGUGGCGGCGGCGGCAGCAGCAGCGGCGGCGGUGGUGGCGGCGCCGGAGGUGGUGGCGGCGGCAGCAGCAGCACUGGUGGUAACUUUCACAAGAGACCUGGACUUGACUGGAACAAGUUGAUUAAGCGGGCUCUGGAGGGCCUCCAUGAGCCGGGCGGCUCCAGCUUAAAAAACGUUGAGCGCUUUCUCAAGUGCCAGGCGGAUGUGGCAGCCUUUCUGUCGGGCAGCGGCUCCAUGGGGCCCGGCCUUUUCCACCAGCAGCUAAGGGUCGCCCUCAAAAGAGCCGUGGCCCAUGGACGUGUGGCGAAGCAGGGUCCGCUUUUUCAGCUCAUCAGCCGCAGCGCCUCCCAGGACGACGGCACUGGGCUGGUGUCCCUGGAAUCGCUGCCGCCUGUCCGCCUGCUGCCCCAUGAGAAAGAUAAGCCGGUGGCCGAGCCCAUUCCAAUUUGCAGCUUCUGUUUGGGGACCAAGGAGCAGAAUCGCGAUAAGAAACCGGAGGAGCUCAUCUCCUGCGCCGACUGUGGCAAUAGUGGCCACCCGUCCUGUCUCAAGUUCUCCCCAGAGCUCACGGUGCGAGUAAAGGCUCUGUGGUGGCAGUGCAUCGAAUGCAAAACCUGCAGCAGCUGUCAGGAUCAGGGAAAGAAUGCGGACAAUAUGUUAUUCUGCGACUCGUGUGAUCGGGGUUUUCACAUGGAGUGCUGCGAUCCUCCCCUCAUGCGGAUGCCGAAAGGCAUGUGGAUUUGUCAAAUCUGCCAACCCCGGAAAAAAGGAAAAAGUCUUUUACAUGAAAAAGCAGCACAAAUCAAACGACGCUAUAACGCUCCACUCGGACGGCCCAAGAACAGGCCGGGGCGGCCCUUUAAGAAACUCGGUGGGCGUGCUCGACGGAAGCGCUCCGCAUCGGCCAAUUCCUCGUCAAGCUCCUCCUGCGAAGGUUACCCCGGUGACGAUCGGCUACUUUUCUCCAUGCGAGAUGGCGACGACCUGUCACAAAGCAGCCUUCGCUUUAACAACAAGACCAAGGGAUUAAUUGAUGCCCUCACCAAGUUUUUUACACCUUCGCCUGAGGGCCGCAAGGCACGCCAAGAAGUGGUGGACUACUCUCAACAGUGUCGCAUCAGAAAGAAAUCCAGUCGUAAAGGAGAUGGAGAUGACAGGACGGACAAUCAAGAAGGCAGUGACUGGCGCGAUGAGGAUGACAGACUCCCCGGCCAUGAAAAUCUAACAGAAAAAGACAUUGAGCUGUUCAGACACAUCCAGGAGCUUGCUUUACAGAAAGUCGGAGUGACUGGUCCUCCAGACCCUCAGAUGCGAUGUCCAUCGGUCAUCGAAUUUGGCAAGUUUGAAAUCCAGACGUGGUACUCUUCUCCCUACCCACAGGAGUACAGCAGACUACCCAAACUCUAUUUGUGUGAGUUCUGCUUGCGCUACAUGAAGAGCCGCAGCAUCCUCUACCAACACAUGAAGAAGUGCAACUGGUUCCAUCCUCCUGCUAAUGAGAUUUACAGGAAAGAAGAUGUCUCCGUGUUUGAGGUUGAUGGGAACGUGAGCACAAUCUACUGCCAGAACCUGUGCCUGUUAGCCAAGCUGUUCCUCGACCACAAGACCCUCUACUACGACGUCGAGCCCUUCCUGUUUUAUGUCCUCACCCAGAACGACAGCAAAGGUUGCCACCUUGUUGGCUAUUUUUCCAAGGAGAAGCACUGCCAACAGAAGUACAACGUAUCAUGCAUCAUGAUUCUUCCACAGUACCAGCGAAGGGGCUAUGGGCGCUUUCUUAUUGAUUUCAGCUACCUGCUAUCUAAACGCGAAGGCCAGCCUGGAUCACCAGAAAAGCCUCUGUCAGACCUCGGUAGGCUGUCCUACAUGGCCUAUUGGCGCAGCGAGGUCCUGGAAUGCCUCGAUAGGGUCCGUGACCGGCAGAUCACCAUUAGACAGCUCAGCAAACUGACAGGGAUCUGCCCGCAGGAUAUCACCACAACCCUGCACAGCCUCAACAUGCUUGAGCAACGAGAAGACAGGACGGUCCUGGUGCGACGAGAGAAGCUGGUGUCAAACCACAUGGCUCGUCUCAAGGCUCGACCUCGACAGCUCGAGGUCGACCCCGAGUGUCUCCGCUGGACUCCUGUAAUCGUAACGAAUACCGUGGUUUCUGAUGGUGAUGAAGAUGAGGAUGAGGAUGACGAAGAACAGAGGGAAGAUGACCGCGAGGAGGUCAAGCCAAGUCACAAGCUUCCAUCAAUGUCUUGGCACGUGUUUCAAGCCAAGAAGAGAGAAGAGGAAGAGGAGGAAGAGGAAAGCAAGGGCUUUCUCGGGUUUCCAGUCAGCCAAAGUUCUCCAACAUCACCUCCAAUCUGUCGUUCACCUGCCCCACAACCACCUCGACCACCCCUGCCGACAAAUGGAGAGCGCAGACCCCGUGGCCGUCCACCCAAAAACUGGCCUUGGGGUAAAGGCGUGAAAGACUGCCUGCGAGUUGGACGCCCACCUAAGGUCCGCCCAAUGGAGGAAGAGGACGAGGGCGAUGAGAAGACGGAGGAAGGAAAACCGGAAUCGUCUCCAUGUCCCCCCUCACUUUUCUCAUUGGAUAGAAAAGCAGAGCCCACAGACUUUCACACAACGGACAUGGCCAGACACCCCGCCGUAACCCCCACUCGAAGAGGGCGCCCUCCAAGGAAAAAGAGAGGCCCCAAGCCUAGACAGAUGGAGGAACACGGUGAUGGGCCAACGCAGCUUCCUGGAGUUUCCAGGCUGAAUGAUUCUCCUCUUGUCAGGAAGAGUGGCUUUAGUGAUAGCAGCGAAGAAGAUGAGGAAGAUGAUGACGAUGACGACGACGACGAUGAUGAGGAUGGGGAGGGUAGGGAAAGCUCUCCACCCAUUCUGACAAAGCCUGCUAUGGGCCUCAAAUGCAAGAAGCCAUUGAGAAAGCGUCGUUUUCGCCAGCGCAGCCACCCUCACAGCAGCGUGGUGACAGAGACCAUUUCUGAGACCACAGAGGUUUUAGAUGAGCCCUUUGUGGACUCUGACUCAGAGAGGCCCAUGCCGAGGCUUGAGGAGGAGACACCCGUAGGCCACCCCCUGCGCCGCUACCCUCCAGCCCGCUCUGCACUUAGAUUGUCAGACCCUACUUCCAAAAGGGGCAGACACUGCAGUCUCUCAGAUUCAGAGGAAGAUGAGCUUACUGCCAUGCUAAACCCUGUGGCUGAGUUGCCAGCAGGACCAUCUGCAAAUCUAGUUGCCAAUCCUGAGGUCCCAGCCAAGAAGAAAAAAGGCUGGCCUAAGGGAAAGAGUCGUAAACCACUGCACUGGAAGAAACGGGGACCUGGAAGGCCACCUGGAAGUGGAGCCAACCAGCGAGCGGCUGCAGUAAGACUUGUGAGUGGGGUGGCGACACCCCCCAAAAUCAAGAUGAAGCCCGGUCGCAAGCCUCGAAGUUGGUAUCUGCAGCGGGCCCAAGAGGAAGCAGAUAAGCAGGAGCAGGAGAGACAAAGACUGUUAGAGCAGCAGCUGGACAAAAAUGUUCCAAUGCUUUCAAUAGAUCAACACAGCAAGCGGGUUUCCAGGUUCACCUCUAAUGACAAAGAAAAAUACUCUGACGAAGAAGACUUUCUCCCUACGCCUGUGGAGCCAAAGGUCCCUAAAAGGAGAGGGAGACCACCCAAGAAUCCUGGUCUCCAUCAAGCACCGCCACCUGUACCAAAGCCACCUCACACCUCUGAGCCUGAGGAAGCAGAAGAAGAGGAGGAGGAAGCUGAGUCAGAGAGGGAGGAGAACAAAUCAAGUCGUCCACUGUCCUGUCCUUUGUCGUCUCCUUCUUCUUCCAUGUCCAACCCAGGGCCUAAGGCCCAACAGUUCCGCCCUCAGGAUAUUGAUAAUGGUGAAAGGGAAGAAGACGACGAGGAAGAGAAAAGAGAAGAAGGGGAAUUUGAGAGCCCGGGAAGUGGUGAUCUUACUAUGUCUAGGCGAGCAACAGCUACACCGUGUUCAGGAAGCCGGCGAAGUGAGGACCAUGAUGCAGAUGAUGAAGGGGACGGACACCUAGAAGAGAAAAGCAGUAGCAGCAGCAACAUUAGUAAGAAAAGAAAAAGCCAGGAGUCAGAAGAUGAGGAGGAUGAUGAAGACGAGGAGCCUGCUUCCCAUGCAAGCUCACCUCCAGUCAAAGAAGAACCACAAGGCGGAGAGGCUUUUUUAGACAUGGAGAACAGCGUGGCCCGGGACUAUGUCAGCAAGCAAGAGGAGGAAGAAGAGGAGGAGGAGGAGGAACAACAGCAUGAAGAGGAGUCACAGGAGUCCAAGUGCAGGCCCUCCUCCAGUGAUCCACAGCAGGAGGACAGGCGGCGGAGAGAGCAGGAGGAGUCUGCUGCCGCCGCCGCAGCUGUGGAAACUGUUACGGCCAUGUCUGUUCCCUCGGAACCUAUGGAGCUUCAGCCUUUGCAAACGGAGGAUAAGGAUGUCGCACUGUUAAUAGAACCCCCACAGACACACUCCCACGCCCAAUCUCAUCAGCACUCUGACUUCAAAGAGGAGCUGGGUCACCAUCAUUCACAUCAUCCCCAUCACCACUCCAAUGAACUUGACCUGGAGACAGUCCAGGCCGUCCAGUCUCUGACACAGGGGGAAGCUCAAGAUGAAGAGACUGAGGCUCAUCAUGGUGCUUACCAGGACUGUGAAGAGACACUUGCAGCUUGUCGGACUCUACAGAGUUAUAGCCACACAGGGGAUGCUGAGGAGGAGGCCUUGGCGUUGGUAGAGGAGUGUGGGGCCUCACAACACAGCAGCCCAAUGCCUAAUCCCCCAAUUGCCCCCUUGCCCAGUCAGUCUGUGCGUUCGGUGAACAGUCCAGGAUUGCCUUCUGCCAUCAUGGACACAACUCCAGCUGGCCAGAGAGGAGGGACGCCGGGCCCCACUGCAGCAGGUGGAAGUGGUGGUGGAACUGGAAGUGGGUACACACAGAUCACCCCAGAACACCCCAGUUCUUUGUCUGCACCCUCUCAACAGAACAUGGAGACGUCUCCAAUGAUGGAUGUCCCAUCUGUAUCAGACCAUUCGCAGCAAGUGGUGGACAGCGGCUUCAGUGACCUCGGCAGUAUCGAGAGCACUACGGAGAACUAUGACAACCCCAGCAGCUAUGACUCCACUAUGGGCGGAGGGGGCAACGGAACAGGCAAUGGGGGUAACGGAGGGGUAAUAUCUGUCCCAGGGGCUUCUUCAGCUUCUUCAUCUGCCGCCUCUUCGUCUAGCUCAGCCACCCAGUCGUCCUCCCAGUCCAACAGCUGUUCCUUUGUGCCAGCUCCCAGCCUGACAUCUUCCACAGGAAAUGGAGGCUCUCAGCAUGGAAUGGGAAGCUGUAGCCUCAUCCAGCAAACCGGAUCUGGUGCCAACAACGGUCCCGGAAGCAGUAAUGCAGUAACUGUGCCCCAAGCCCCACCUCGCCCUCACCCAUCUAACACCCCCGGUUGUGGUAUUAAGUCUCCCCAGAGCUGUGGCGUUAUUGAGAGGCCUCCAAGCACUAAUCAACAGCAGUCACAGUCGUCCCAAAAAAAGGUCACACAGCAGCAGCAAGCCUCCAACUCCCAGCCUCCAUCCUCGGCCCCACCCUCUCAGCAGCCCCUUUCCCAGUGUAGCAUGGGUAAUGGCUUUGGCUCCACUCCCAUGAUAAUGGAGAUUCCCGAGAGUGGAGGGGGAGGUGGUCGUACCCUGUAUGAGCGUAUGGGUCAGGAUUUUGGCACAGGGGGUUACACCCAGCCCUCUGCAACAUUCAGCCUGGCCAAACUCCAACAGCUCACGAACACUAUCAUGGACCCCCAUGCCAUGCCUUACUCUCACUCGGCCUCCGUUACCUCCUACGCCGCCAGUGUGUCACUCUCUAAUCCUGGGCUCGCCCCCUCUGCCCACACUCCCAUCCCCCAGGGCCAGUCCACAAUGACUCCACCCCCUAACCUUAGCUCCGGCUCCAUGAACCUGGGCUCCCUGCAGCUGCAAUGCAACAUGCCCACCACCAACAUCAGUCUCGGCCCCCCACCGCACACGCAGCGGCUGCAGGGCCAAAUGGCAACCGUCAAAGGCCAUAUCUCCAUCCGCUCUAAAGCCACUCAGCAAUUGGCGCCAGCCACGCACCAACAGCAGCUCUACGGGCGCAGCUCGGGGGCAGUGGCCAUGCAGGGCACACCUCGCACCUUGGCUGUUCAACGCGGCAUGAUGCCAAACCUCAUGCCUACGCCAGCUGCGUACAAUUCCAUGAACAUGACUCCGCUCAAUGCCAUGUCAGCUGGCUACCGAAUGCCCCAACCAAUGAUGAACAGUGGUUACCACGGUAAUCCCCCUUACAUGAAUCAGCCAGCUCAGUAUCCCAUGCAAAUGCAAAUGGGGAUGAUGGGUGGGCAGGGUUACCCCCAGCAGCCUAUGCAGCCAAAUCACCAUGGCAACAUGAUGUACACAGGCCCCUCUCAUCAUAGCUACGCUGGCGUCCCGAAACAGUCGCCGUACAUGAGCAGAUGAAAAGCGGCAGAGUGGAAAAGACUCGACGGGGCCACGGCUGACACUCGCCGUACUCUUUGUCACACUCUCCAGUGCUGCGGAAAGCACCAGAAGGAGGUGAAUGCCAACAGAGAGACUCUUUGGGUUUCCGGUUUUUCUGUGUAAUCAUAGUGGUAGUUUCUCAUAGGAGAGACCAGGUGUGUCCAUGGACCAGGCCAGGCGUACACAGUCCCCGCAAACUAUUCCUCUUGACGUGCACGGUGGAGAAAGGGGAAUAUACACAGAAAAUGACAUAACCGGAUACGUUCUUGUUUGUCCGACUGCAAACGAUAAAAGAUCUUUAUCGGAUUAUUUUCAUCCAUGCACACAAUCUUUCGACAUAGGAAGCCUUACCUUAAAAAAAAAAGAGAAGCAUUCUCGUUCUGUUAAACAUGUUGAACUUUAUUUUUCUUUGUUUUGGAAUAUCCUUGUGCAGGCAGGCCUCUUAAAUGCUUCAGUCUUUAUACGUGUGACAUCUCCACGGCCGGCCCCCCCGUCAACGUGGAAAAGCGAAAGGGCCGGGCCUUCUGCGUGUAGAGGUUUUCAGCCAUGUUUCUGUCUUCCUGGGUGGACGGCAUCGUACCAAAAACACUGCAGCGACACACGGAGAGUAGGCAAGCAUUUUACUGUCUCGUCCAUACGUAAAACAAUAGCAUUAUGUUUCAGUCUUCUUCCGCUCUGAGAAGUAUAGAUGUAAAUAUUCCGGUACCACACACACACAUAGACUGGCUAGCUCUCGCCUAGGAAUGUACAACCUUCAGCUUUCUACGUUUUCCACACUCCACUGACCGUCGGUGUCCGACGUCUACUUCUUCGGCAAUGAAAAAUAAGAGCAACUGGUGAAGGAAACGCGGUUAACAAUUAGCCAACUCCCCCCCCCCAAAAGGGUUGAUGACCCACAGAGGUGGAGUGUCAGCUUAUGAAGUGUGUAUUCUGUUAAACAUGUAUUUUUUUAUAUAUAUAUAUUUUAUUUUCUCUCAACUUCUGUUUGCUAGAGAUACCGCGGUAAACAGCCUUUGUAAAAGGUGCACCUAAAUGCCUGGUGUAGUGCAUGGCUUGGCCCACACAGAGGCACACUCGUAUGGAAGCAGGGUCAGAUCUUUGUUGGGUUACGGCGUCGAAACGGCUCGGGUGGAACGUUCCGCCUUGUUGCUCCAUGUACCAGUAUUCAACAUCAAAAGAGGAGUUUUUGUUUUGUUUUGUUUUCUGAUACAUCUGACAUUGCAUACUUUAUUUGUGUCUAUUGUUCUGUUCUGAACUUUUGUUUUCUUUCUGAAUUUUAUCAGAGUGGGCAGCUUUCUAUUACAACACGAGCUGACUCUUUUGGACUUUAGAAAAGCUGUUGUAGAGAACACGUUUUUUUUCUAUAAUAUAAAAAGGAAAUUCUGACAUUGACAUUGGUACUGUCAUUUUUCCCCCCCACUUCUGUUUCAGGAAAAAACAAGAACCACAUAUUUUUUAGCUCACAUCUUGGGGUAAUGAUUACUAAAGAAAUUCAAAAGAACAAAAAAAAAAAAUAUUUUCACUUUUACUGACUUAAAGAUGCCUUUAACCUCUCCAUUCCAUCUCAUCUCUAGAGUUUUUCUAUCUUUGUGUAGUAUAUUAAUGAUAUUUUAAACAAAAAGGACUACAAAUAUCUAAAGGUCACUUGGCAUUUUUUUUACUUGUGUGUGUGUAUAGGAUGACUUCCUUACAUUAAAGAGGCAUGUAAAAAUAAGCUCCGUAUAUUUCUGUCUGUUUAUAUCGCUUCCCUUUUUGUAUCCUUUGGAAUUGUACAUGUUGCAUUGUAUGCUAAGAGAGAGUGCAAAAUGAACAGAGGAGUGCAGUGCUGUGCUGUGCUCAGCGCCCUCAACUCUCUUCUGUCUCUGUAUGUAUUUCCAUUUAUUCACCCCCUCCUCCCCCCAACCCUUUCUUAGCAAGAACUCUGUACAUUUUAACAUAAAAUGAAAAUAAAUUAUGUUGA